CGCGGGCCGGUAUAUAAGCGGAGAUGCCGGUCAAAACAGCGCCGGAGGUUCGUUGAGUGUGCACGCGAGACGCGACGACCACGGGGUGUUUUCUCGAGCAGAAGCCGUUUCCAUAGCGACGGAGACAUCUACCCGAUAGGCCACGAGCAAUCGCCCGGUAUAGCUGACCACACGCUGCCCUCCAGCACAGAAAGCAAAGAGAAACAACAAAAACAGCUGAGCCAGAAGAAGGAAGGCAUCAUCGUCUUCUUCCGCGCACCUGCUGCUGUACUCAUCAGGAGAACGAGCGCCCUCAUCCUCCCCAGUCGUCGCUCCCGGGAUUUUUCGGAACGCCCUUGAAAAGAACGUGCUCUUCUCAGAGGGUUCCAUUUCCGACCGAGUACCGGAGUAGCGCAUCAAGCGGCGGCCGCGGAAGCCAACGAGGGGAGCCAUGAGGUUGCAGCAGGCGUCCGCGCUAGUGGCCCUUGUGCUGGCCACCACGCUCAGCAUAGCGGCGCAGGCAGUGUACCCGGAUGCCGCCCUGUACCAGACGAACAUCAACCGGCAAAGCUCGGGCGUCGGAGCGGCGGCCGCCGGAGGCAUCGCGUCCACCAUCACGCAGGGCCUCUCCGGGCUGAUGUCCGGCCUGAUCACGUCGCUGCCGUCGAUGCUGACCAAUGCGGUGCCGAUGCUGCUGAUGCUCGGGCUGGGCGGCCUCCUGCUUCCACUUCUGGGCGUGAGCCUGUUCUUCCGCGAGGGCCAGAAGAGGACCUUCAGCCUGCCGUCCAUCAACCCGGCCAUCCUGGACGGGCUCGCCGACGUGCUCGACCGCGUCACCAAGGCCAUCGAGCAGGGCGAGAAGAAGUACGCCACCAAGAACAACUGAAGGGGAAAGGGGGGCGCCACCCUCCCGCUCCUCCUGGACGUCACGCAACCACCGCCACCUCUGUAAAUAGGACGCUGCCAAACUCUCCCUCAUGUACAGUUCCUGUCCGAAACAACGACCGUGCCUUCCGACAGACUAACUCCGUGUCCGCGUCUUCAUCUGGCUCCAAGAGUGACGAGUGCCGUCGCCCUCGCGCCACCGCCACGUUCCUGCCUCAUCUCUCGUUUGUGCCUGAAGCCUGUCGCUCGCCACUCGUGCUCGCGCUGUGCGCGUCCGGUGGUUUGCAUUUUUUCCCCCAGAUUGCUCAUUCCACCUCGUCACGUGUUCCGUGUGCCGCCCUCGAACUCGUUUUGCCCGUGUUUUGCCGGCGUCUGGCGGCCUGUCGUGUGCUGUACCGAUAAUCGCGCUGUUUGUUUGUGUAUUGUUAAGAGCUCCUUCGUGUGAUUCGACGCGCGUAGGUAAUUUAUUAGUCGUAGACCUCGCUGCGCUGGCGACGUGCUACAGUUCACGCUAAGCACGCUUUUCCGAAACAGCAGGAAACAGCAUCAAUAUCGAAGCAACGACACCUUCAGGGGCAACUUCCAGUUCAUACUCACUUUGUGUCGUCGCAGGCGAUAUUUCUUAAAAUUCUUUUUUUGUCUUCGUUUGUCGUGCUCUUCAUUGAUAUGACGCUUGUGUGUUUAAUUACUAGCAUAUAGCUGUAGCUUGUGUUUUACAAAAAGUGAACGAGAAAAAAAAAUUUGAGUGCGCAUUAUUUAUUGGUGCUUUUGUCUUUUAUGUGUGCAUAUUCUGUACGUGUGCAAAUGCUCGAACUGUAUGUUGUCUGUUGUUGUUUCGAUUUGUUUGUAGCAAUUAAAGAGAAAUCUGCAGUGA